GUCUCCAGACGAAGAGACGUGGACAUGGCGGAUUUAUAUCUGGUGUGCAGCCUUUGGUUGUUCGGCCGUUCAGGUUUCCGUUGGUGGCUUUAGAUGCAUGGUAGCUAGCUUAGCUUUACCCAGUAAAGUGAAAAGCAGCUUCUUGUAGUGAUUUGAAUACCGCGAUUCUGGGAAAUAAUAAAGAAAAGAAACUGAACAGCUGACACCAUCCGGACGGUCCAACCGCCCCAUCGCCGCCCACCUCAAACGAAGAGGUCAAGUUGUUGAACCGACAGGCGACGUGAAAGAAAACCAGUCUGAAUGGAAUGCAAGCCAGACCGUAAAAUAUAUAUUAUGUCUGCAGGAAAACACCUUGGACUAGUUGUAGCAUAAGCUUCUGCACAAAUGAACGAGAACGCAGCUGAGAGUCAACUCCCUGGCAGCGAGCCUGUGGAGGAAAAUGAGGGACAAAAUACAAAAAAGACUUCUGAAGACAACCCCGUCCCAGGCCCGGACCAAGACCAAAACAGAGGUCCAGCCUCAAAACCCGUGGAAAACAAUUCCACAAAGGCCAAAGAAGAGGAUGAACCUAAGGCUGCUGGCGGUGAGCCUCCAAUGGACUGGUUUGAACCACUUGAAGAUGAUGAUUAUGAUAAUGAAGAUCCAGAGGAGGAAAGCCUCGCAGGAGAAAGCGAGAGAAGUGAGAGUGUUGCAGGCAGUGAGAAGGCCUCAAAAAAGCUCUAUCAGCUUCAUAUGCCUCGCCGUAAGCGAUCGCAUCCUGAUGAGGGUUGGGUCGACUGGCCGGCACUUGGAGAGGGUUGGAAACGCAAAGAGGUUGUACGACGUUCAGGAUCAAGCAUUGGUCAGAAGGACGUGUAUUAUCUGAGUCCGCGGGGUGAUCGAGUUAGAAGCAGAGUAGAGCUGGCCACAGUCCUCCAAGGACAUCUUGAUGUGUCACAUUUUGAAUAUAAGACGGGCAAGUUCUACGAAGGGGAAGCGCUGCCCAUACGAGUUAGAGGAAGAGGGAAGAGAAAAGUGCGGGAACGUUCCUCCUCAGAGUCCAGUUUCAUGGAGAGAGGAGAGGGGGCAGACACUCCUGACUCCUACCACAGACUCACACCGAGCACCGGGCUCAAAAAUGUCAAUCAAAAUCAGACAAGUGCCUCCUUUAACAGCGCGACAGGAAUCCCGAGACAAAGCCAUCGCACCGAUGAUCUACCUGCAGAGGAUAAAAUUAAACUCCCCCUCCCCUCAUCAUCCCGGUCGCUACCGCUUCCUUCUAUAAACGGAGAAAUUGGUUCUGAAGACAGCAUUUUGGUCUGUGCCAAGUGUGGUAUUUCCUUUACAGGUACAUGGUAUGACAAACAAAGAAAGCGGCCCUGCUGUCCCAGCUGCUGGGCAGCGUCAAAGACAAAAGAGCAUCCCAUGAUUCGCUUCAGGAAGUGGAUUCCCUGCGGUCAGUGUGUGGGAUGCCACAACACCAUCAACUGUGGGCAGUGCGCUAACUGCAAACAUGGACUCCAAAGUCCCGAGACAAGGAGGCGCAUAUGUCGGAAACGCAGAUGUAUAUGUCCUAUUCGCAAGAGUCCUGGAAGUGGAAACUUCGUGCACCACCGGCCUUGCGUUGACGUUCCUGAGACAUUUGAAGACAACUCGAGUUUCCAGAGUGAAGUCGCAGAUUCGCAGCACCCAAGUCUCAAAAGCAGCGACACUGAAAACUUCUCGGUCAACGUGGACCUCGACGAGGAUGAAAUGUCCACUGACGAUGACGAUGAUUGGCACAAGAAGCGGAAGCGGCGUUCCUGUGGAGAGUGCAAGGCCUGUCUCUGCAGGAAAGACUGCGGCACCUGUGAUUUCUGCAUAGACAAACCCAAGUUCGGAGGCAGCAACAAGAAGAGGCAGAAGUGUCGUUUACGGCAGUGUCAGCGGCAGGCGAUGAGACAUUUGCUGCCCUUCCAGAUGGGACAAAGUGAAUUUGGGCCAGAUACUCCAGGUCUCCCAGGCAGGCCCAGACCGCACUACACGUACAGUCGAAAGCCGGGCUUUAAGAAAAUCAAAGGGGGGCAGAGUGGCUUGGACUUUACUGACGAAGACGAUGAUAGUAAUUUACAACCAUUGAAUCACUCGGAUUUUGGGAUGAGGAAUGGACAUCCAGACCGAGUCCCUCACAUCAGCAACAAUAAUCAAUCAGACCAGCAAAGCCAGUGGGACCCAGAUGGAUCACAUAUAGCCAGAGACUGUUCCAGACAAAUGGAAGAUGAUGACGACGAUGAUGAAGAGGAGGAUUUUCCCAUGAUUACACAGAUCUUCAGUUUGGCUGAAAACCUGUCUGGGAGCGGCGCAGAUGUAGAAAACCAGCUCAUGAAAUUACUUCACGCCUUACGCUCCUCUGUACUACCAAUCCUAUGGUACGCCAUCGUGGUGGAGGGACCACAGCUGCAGCUCAUCCAAUGUUCGAAGCAGUCCAACAUGGCUGACACCAUGGUUCUGAUCGACCCCGGUUUCUGCUACCAGGUCACCGUCCAAAAGCAGCCGUUGCUGCCCACCCACCCGCUGUACGACAGCUACCCGACACGCCUAACCUCCGUCACUGAAGUGGUUAAUCUGCUGCUGGGUCUGGAGAAGUACGUCAUGUGUCAUGGAAUUCCCCCUAAAGAAGCGUUACUUCAUCAGGGCCCGAUCAUACUGGAGCGGGCGUCAACAUGUGAUUUUUUGGUCAAGAAGAGCGAGAGUGUGUGUGCCAACUGCAGAGCGCUGCAACGGCUUUAAGUCCACGCAGAACCGGGUUUGAACAGAAAGACCACCAUCUAACGGGUGCGUCCUCGUUCCAUUUUCUCUUCUUUUCCUUAUAUGACAUUUUACAGAUUUACCUCUGGACAGAAAUACUGAUUAUCUGCAGAUUCACCAAAGGCAUUCCAGGAGCAGUAUGAUUAAAUCUCACGUUUUAUUUUGUUAUGCUGGUGUUGGACUUUUCUACGCGCCUGUUUGGGGCAGUGUGAUGGAUUCUCCCGCGGUGUGGUAGGAGCGCUGCUGGCUGCUCUAAUGUCCUGACAUUCCCCCUCACAACAGUUCCCCUUCUUUUCAGUUAAUCAGCCAGGCUGGCUGUGUACCACAUUCAACCAGCAGCUGGGUUAUUUCAGGAAGGAAAAACAAAUCUGUUUGCAUCCUGGCCAGUUUUUACAUUUUUAUAGCAACUUACACGAUUACAAUUUCUGUUGCACUUAGUGUCGUCCAAACAUGUAGCAUUUUUAUUUUUAUGCACUCGUUCUGUUGGUUUUGGCAGCAGUCUGAGAUCUCCGUUUUAUGUUUGUCCUUUCAAUGCUGUACUGACUUACUAAUAUGUUUAACCCUCUAAAUUAUUGUGCUUUCCAGCAUGAAAUGGAGAUAAUGAACCAAGUCAACACAGCAGUACUGAAAAAAUCCCCAAAUAAAAAUUAGCUUGAGUGGUGGCAGUUUUGUGGUGAAUUAGUAGCUCUUACAAAACAAACAAAAAGAACGAAACACUACCUCUUUAUAGGAUGACUCGGCAGGAGCUGCUGCCAUGUGAAAUGAGAAAGAAACAUAAAGCACUGUAAAUAGAGCGGUCGGGCUGUUCUGUUAAAAAGAAGUGAAGCGUUUGUCUUUAACGGGGCUUCUCAAACACUCCUUGUCCAGUCGUGACGACAGAACCUGAGAAAGAGAUUAAAACAUGUUGUUUUUUCUCCGGUCUGGGACGUGGCAAGACAACCGAGUUACGAUGGGCAGAUGUCCAUAUUUAGCCAUUUCCUUAGUGUGUGAGAGUAGAAUAUUAUUUCCCGGACGAUGUUGUCAAAUGAUCAUGGUGUUGUAGUCCGAAGAUGGUGCCGUCUUAGUUUAUAGAAGUGUGUGUGUGAAACCUCUUUAGACUGCCUGCCCAGCUCUGUUCCUGACUAGUGUUAUUUAAGAGGUCUUUAAACCUUUUAGAUGUUUUCUUUAAAUUGUGUUGUAAUUAAAUUCCUCCCAUCCUUCCCCUCUCCUUUGGGAUGUUUGUGGGAUAACUCAGUGACUUUUGACAAUGUGAAACUUUAUGCAUUUUCAACAUAUAAAAGUAUUUUUGUUGUUUUCUUUAAGUGAUUGUGCAGAUAUUAUUUGUUAAAUUACUAUUGUCAGCUGGUCUUUUAAUUAAAGCAUAUUUGAAGGUU